UCGGCAAUCCGGUGAACACCGCGAGUCGCGGUGACGUCUCCCCCGAACGGGUUACAUAAUUACCGAGCAGCGCGCUUCCUGCCGGUGACGUCGCCGUUAAAGUCCCUGCGCGGCGCGGACGAUGCAGCAGCAGCCGCAGCAGCCGCCGCCGUCAGCGCUGCCAGUCAUCAGAGAGGGCUCCCUUGUUGGCCGCCGCCUCGAGCCUCGCUCGGCCUCUCUGCCUCCUUCCUAGCUCAGCGGCAGUGGUAGCCGCAGCAGCAGCAGUAGAAAGCCUCUCUACUCUCCUCGCUCGCUCGCUCGCUCUAGUCGCCGUGUCAAGAGAAGCGGAUAGAGAGGGAGGCAGGAGGAGGUGGAGCUGCUUCGCUACAACAGCCAGCUCCAUUGUUACACAGCCUGGUCUCGCACACCGCCUCCCCGUGGUGUUGUUGUUAUUAUUAUUGUUGUUGUUCUCGGCCUAUCUUCGUGUUGGCUUGUGCCGAUUGUGGUGGUGGUGGUGGUGGCUGCGCGGAGUGUGACUGUGUGUCGUCUUCGGCGCUUUGAUCACUUCACCAGUGGCGAGGUCUCCCGCGCACGGAGGGUGUUGUGGUUGUUCGAGAUCGGCGGCGUGCUUGGGCAAGUCUCCAUCGCUGCUUGCGUCUGUGCCGUGCGUGGAGCGAGCGCCACCACCACCCCCAUCCCACCAUCCCACCCACUGCCGUGCCCAGUACACUCUCACAUUGCCCCCGCUCUUCCCCGUCAUCUCUCACUCUCGGCGUUCUCCCUCCACUCUCCUCCUCGCACUCCUUCCACUCUCCCUUCCCGUCUCUCGCCCCCCCCCUCCUCCACUUUAUCCCUCACUCGUGUCGGUCUCUACCUCGUAUCGCUCUCCCCUCUCUCCCCUUCAUCUCUGCCCCCCACCCCCCAAUCGCCUUCUCGCCACCCCCCACACACCACCACCACCAUCAUCUUUCGCCUCCUCUUCGCUGUCCCGCUCAUCUUUCUCCUUCCGCUCUUCCUCCUCGUCUCUCUCCGCCGCUCUUCCUUCACUGCCCCCCCCCAUCUCUCAUCCUCCCCCCCCAUCUGCCCACUGCUGCUGCUGCCCGGCCGGCCGGCACCUCAGCCCCGGGCUGAUUGUUAUUCUGGGCUGAUUGUUAUUCUGGGCUGAUUGUUAUUCUGGGCUGAUUGUUAUUCUGGGCUGAUUGUUAUUCUGCGUGGCCCGUACCUGCGGGGUGGCGCGGAGGACUCCCGCACAGAGAGAGGGAGAGCAGCUCCGGGGCAAACGUUGCUGGCCACAAAGUCCCGAGCCGCGCGCGAGCGAUGGCGACGCUGCUCCGAAAGAUCGGCCUCAUCCGCUUCCACCAGCCGGAGACGGGCAGCCCCAAGGGCUCCCGCAAGGCGCGCAAGAACAGCAUCACCGGCGGCGGCGGCGGCAACAAUAACAACAACAGCAGCGGCGGCGGCAGCGGCGGUGGCGGCGGUAACAACAACAAUAGCGGCGGGUCGCAGAAGGGCAAGGCUUGCGUUGCUUUGAACGGCGGCGGGAGGGACGGCGGCCCCGUCUCGCUCCCCCAGGCUGGCGGCCGCUCGAGCGAGCCGGCCAAAGCGGAGGCCGUGCCGGCGCCGCCGCCGCCGCCGCCGCCCCCCCACAAGGGCCUCUUCGGGAAGCCGUCGUCGUCGUCUUCGCUGCCGCCGGCGCCGGCCAACCGGCAGCACAGCUCGCAGGUACGCGCCCGCCGCCUCAUGAAGGAGCUGCAGGACCUGAACCGGCUGAGCGAGGAGGUGCUGAGCGUGGAGCUGGUGGACGACAACCUGUUUGAGUGGAACGUGAAGCUCUACCAGAUCGACAGGGACUCGGCGCUGUGGCAGGACAUGCGCGAGACGGGCGUGGACGGCGUCCUCCUCAACCUCGCCUUCCCCGAGAACUUCCCCUUCUCGCCGCCCUUCAUGCGGGUGCUGAGCCCGCGCAUCGAGAACGGAUACGUCCUGGACGGCGGCGCCAUCUGCAUGGAGCUGCUCACGCCCAGGGGCUGGUCCAGCGCCUACACGGUGGAGGCCGUGGUGAGGCAGUUCGCGGCCAGCCUCAUCAAGGGACAGGGAAGGAUCUGCAGAAAAGCGAGCAAGGCCAAGAAGGCGUUCACGAGGAAAGAGGCGGAGGCGACGUUCAAGAGCCUGGUGAAAACUCAUGAAAAAUAUGGCUGGGUGACGCCGCCGUCUUCGGAGGGAUGAGUUCGACACCCCCCCCCGCAUCUCCUCCCCCAAACCUCCCUGGCCGUCGCCCCACCUCUGUCCUGAAAGUCCCCACCCUCGUGUCUACCCAGUGGUCGUUCUCUUUUUAAUCCUUGGUUCGGCGGAGGCUACACGUGCAUCAGUUAUUCAGCCGAUUGCCAUUGCCUGGGCCCGUUUGUGAAAUUGCGAGGAGAGAAGAAAUUCUACUGGAGGGGGGGGGAGCUGUUAGGUGAAAAUGUGCAAAUCCCCCGCUCCGUUUGAUGUCUCGACUGUCCGACGUUCACUUUUGUGCACAUUUUUUUUGAGAGGUUGUUGCUCGCGUGCAAUUGCGUUCACUGGUAAGGGUGACCCUCGGCAUUCCACGGCAACAAAGUGGCUUCGUCGGCAUUCCGUUGCACCUUGUAAUGCAAUGAUCCUCACAGCAAGCUGCACGGCUAGAAGUGCCAAUUGAGCCGUUGGAAUGGAAGUUACAAUGAAAACGUGCUGUUUAAGGAGAUCGAAUAGGUAUCUACGAAAGUGGAUGGAGGUUGUCCAUAUGCCACAUAAAUCUUGUGAGGUUUUUUGUCGUUGCAUUGUUUUGCCUUGCAUUUGUCAAGUGGGUUUGGUCUUUCAAAAGGUCCCAGUGCGUUUUCGAAGCUUGAAUUUAAAUUGAAAGGAAGUGAUUGUUUUAGUCACGUGCAUUUUCCUAGCCAAUCAGAACUGUGGAGGUUUGUGUUGUCAUGGAAACUGAACUUAAAAUGGCAGCAGAGGUCAAGAUGCCUCUGAUCAGAGCCCAGGAAAGUGCAAUAUUUCCGUGGGGGUAAAGCAAAACACAAGCUAAUUAACUAGUUAAAACACUACGAUGGCAAUUCUCACGCGACGCACAUUGUCGUCACUGACCGUUAUGUCUAUUUCGGUGACUGUGACCCUUACAGACAUCCUUUUUUUUAAGCGUGUAAUUUAUUGUAUGACAUUUGCCCAAGUCAGGCUUGUUUUGGUGGGAAGAUAUGUUAUCCCUCGUGAUAUGCUCUGACCUACAGAGUGAAUUUGCCAGAAUAUUUAUUUUGAUCCAAUUUGCACGCCACAUUUGAGGCAAAAGAAAAGUCGGAGUAUAUUAUAGCGAUGGCUGUUGUUUUAAGGUUGUAAAUAGUUUAUCUGUACGUUUUAUAUAGAGAUGUAAGCAACACGGUCUAUAAUUAAUACGAAUGUAACAUUGAAUUACAUGACUAUAUUAAAAGUAUUGCACAACUGCAGAAUCCAUAGUAAUAAGCUGUCAAUUUUGAUUGGAUCUCAAUACCAAUACCCAAUAGCCACUAUUCAGAUGUGCAGAAGACUUCUUAUUCGAUACAAUCUGUGAUACCCAAGCUGGGUGAAAUUUUCAGCUGCAUAUACUGUUACAAUAUGACGUCAGAUGAUGAUGUUGCGUGUCACGGUUGGCUGGAGGGGAUGUUGCUAUCGUACGUCUAUACAAACGAGAGCCGUUUCAUUCAAAGUAGCAUCGUAGACAGUGUGCAUCGAUCCACUCUCAAUGCAUUGUCCUUUCAUUAGCUAGGGUAAAAGCCCACGGAUUCAUUACCACUUUUGCUAGAGAGUUCCUGGUUAAUUGUAGUUGCAUGUGGGAAGUGACUUUUUGCAGUUUAGGUGCAGAACAUAUUUAAGCGUGGCUUUGUUUGAGCAUUGUCACAGAUGAAGCGUAUACAUUAAAUCCACACGGGUGCUUUUUAAGCAUCCAUAUCAUAGUAAAUGGCUAUGUUCAUCAAUUGCCUGCAAGAAAACAUUCCAGUAAAUCACCUGGCACCUGUGGUGGGAUUCGAACCCAUCGAGUCUGUGUGAGCGAGCGUUCUGAUCAUGAGACCAUAAUCAGUAACCCCGGUAUCAUGAAACAGAAAAUUAGGUCUCUGAGCCACCCCGAAUAUCCCUACAUGUCUGCCAUUUUAACAGAAAUGUUCUCGGUUAAUGAACGGUUAUAUUCAACAGGGGGCAGCCCUGAAAGCCAACAUAGCUCGUGUGUGGUGCUGACUCGGUUCCCCCUUGUCGUCAUUGUCUGCCUCAACGAGCGUAGGUUCCACUCGUUUAAGUGACUCUCUAACGUAUCGUCAACUCUAGAUCCCAGGCGGUUGUGGUGCACGCCUGUAAUCCAACAGUGUGUAGGCAGCAAGGGUUGGUGGAUUGUGAAACUCCCUUCCCAUGGGGAUUGAAGAGCCAUACCCUGGCUCGCCAGAAGAAGGCAGUACAGCAAGUGGACGAAUUGCCAUCAGUUUCCAUCUGUACGGGGGAUGGUGUUGCCCCCCCCCCUCUCCCUUAUGCGCUUGGGUUGUCUCCCGGUUGCUACGGGUUCCUUCCGCUUGUAUGAAGACUCCUUAAUUGUUUGAAAAUAUCUUAAAAUACAAAAAAAAUGCAUCGGGACCCUAAUGAAAAACAAAGUGUGUGGCUCUCCUGGAUAAAAAAAGGAAAUAUUCUUACAAUGUUAAUUUGCGCAGUGGCGCACAGCCAUGAUGCAGUUGUUGAAGGGCAGGGUUGGUGGAUCUGUGCAGAUUGCAUGCGUCAUCCUCUCGAAAACGCACGUUUCUGGGUGGUGCAUGUUUCCUGGCACUUCCGUUCCCUUUCAAAGCACUCGUUAGAAAAUAUGGCCAAACAUGCAAAAAUGCAGGACACUCUUAAGACUCGGAGCCUUUCCUGGAUUAAUUAGGGAAUAAUUAUUAAUAUCACGUUUUCAGUCUAACACUGGCAGAUGGCAAUAUUGUUAAUGGCAAAAGGUUACAUUGAGUUUUCAUAUUCUUUUGUUCUUUCGGUAAAGUCACGCAGAUAGAAAAUAAAAAUAUACAACAACAAAAAAACCCACGACCUUUCGAUCGCAACACAAGCGGUCGUCAUCAGGAAAAAGGGGGGUUAGCCUCCCAAGCCAAACUGUUUAUAAAGGUUUACAGAUGGGCGUAGUCCAAGUGUGUCGGCAGCAUGAGCGGGGCAGCUCAUGUUAAUGUAGGAAAAGACAAAAGGGGAGAGAGAGAGGGGGUAGAGAUAAGGGAGAGAGAGAGAGGGGGUAGAGAUAUGAGGAGUUUGCCUUUUCAGGCUUAACCCCCCUUUUCCUGCUGACGACCGCUUGUGUUGCGAUCAAAAGGUCGUGGAGUUUUUUUUGUUUAUUUUCAUUUUCUAUCUACGUGACUUUACCGAAAGAACCAAAGGAUAUGAAGUCCUGCAGUCACGAAAGUUUUAAGUAACAAAAAAAAAGGCACAUUUAUUUUAUUAUUUAUUCCUUGUGUUGUGCGCAGUUACUCCCAUGGAUACCGAUGAAAGCUACACAGACAGCUGCUUUCCCAGUCAGUAUGGCUUUGGUCUCACUACAGACUCUCCUAUCGCAGAGACGAUAUGAAAUGCCAUGGAAAGGAGUGGUUGAAACAAUGCUGAUUGUUUUUUUUUUAUGAUUGCUUCUAUGUAUCAGCGUGUCUGAACUGUGGUUUAUGAUAUGGAAGGAUAGAAGAUAAUGGAGUUUGGCUUUCUGUAACAAAUUAAAAAAAAAAUAAUUUGUUCCAUGCGUCUUGUCUGAAAAAUUGACCGAACUUAUAUUCAAAUAUGUAUCUUGGGCAGGUGUUCUGGGUGUUGCUAUGUCACAAGUAAAAACAAAUCUUUACGUGCUCUUUGAGGGCACCAACAUUUUGUUUUAAACCCUCUAGUGUCAUAUUGCUCACGAUUCCUGUAACACACACACACCCUCCAUCGUGCAUUACAGGAAAGAUCCUCUUAUCUUCAGUGACGUGGGGGACAGACAUGACGGAUUUGGUUCGCAAAACAUUUGCACAUUAUUGGAAGCCAAUACUUUACGCAGGACGGGGAGCUGGGGGGAAUCGCACAAAUAAAAAUAGGAGAGCUGAAAAUAGGACUUUUUGAGCCCCUACAGCUAUUGCAAUUUGAAAUAGUUGUCGCGGAUAAGAGUUCUACCGUAUAAUUUUGAUUUGAAGCUUUCGUGACUGCAGGAAUCCAUACUCUUUGCUUCUUUCGGUAAAGUCGCGUAGGUAGAAAAAAAUCAUAGAUCACGACGUUUCGAUCGCCACACAAGUAAUCGUCCCACCUGAAGAUGAUUGCUUGUGUGGCGGUCGAAACGUGGUGAUCUAUUAUUUUUUCUACCGUAUAAGUUGUAUUUUUAAUUCAAGGCUGCUCCCUGUAAAAUGAGUUGUGCAACAGUGCUAAUAUAUGUUGCAGCGUCGGAGGCGUGGUGUACAUGUGCCAACGAUUACAACCCAAUUGUGCUCUCAGUAAUUUAAUGAGGCAAAAAAACCGUCCAUCUGGAACCCCUCCAGACAGUAGAACAUUGUUUCGUCAGGGAACAGCUCUGGAAGAUGACGCUACAACUGCCGUCGCUUGCAUAGGCCUCGCAGACCCAACACGAGACGAUAGCACUCCUUUAAGUCACGGGGAAGAAAGUGGCUCACCACCUAGCGGUCAUGUAGUAUAUUUGUGAAAUGUAAAGCAGUCUUGCUGGGCUGGGGCAAAUACAGAGUAGUAAAGUGAGAAACCCAAAUUAUGUUUAAGUGGAUUACUUCUGCAGUUUUUGGUAACCAGACUAAGACCAUCUGCCUCGCUACACUGGAGGACCUGGUUUAAUGACGACUGCCCGAAUUCCAUCCAGAGUCUUAGUGGUGCUGGCUCACUGCUCAGACGCAGCCAUUAUGAACGUCAUACACCACCUGGCUACCCUUAGUCCACCUAUCCCACCCGGUUGUCUUGAAAUAUUGGUAAUAUUUUUUCAAACAAACUUCAUCUUAAUUAUAUGAAGUAGAGCUUUGUUUGUUAAUUCUCUGUCCCGCUACCUACAGCAGAGUAACCCAUCACAAAGUGCAGUCCAUGUCAUGAUAUACAAUAUGCCUUGUUGAAGACGAAGUUGAAUUAAACUGGAGCCGUAUAUAUGCUGCACAUAUGUGCAAUGAUUAGAUAUCACAACACUUCAGAAUCUUGUUUUGAAAUCGACAAUUGAAGUCCUGGUUUAAAUCCAGGUGGGAAAUGUGGAUUCAAACCCAGUUUCUCAUAAUUACUGGCUCAGAAUUUUGCCCAUAAACCGUCCUGGCUUAUGAAUGGUCCCCAUAAGCCAUUAAUACGGAAAUAUCUAAACAAAUAUAGUUAUGAUAGUUAUAAAAAAAACAUAACUCGACUAAGCAAAUCUUAUCUAUCCAACAACUUGACAAAUUUAAGGCACUUACUGCUGUCGGAUAAAAUACAAAGUGCCAUUUGUAUGGAGCUUAGUGGCUAGGUAUUAUUUCUUUUUAAUUGUCAUUAAGUUGCAUUGUAACUAGUAAGUGUUAUUUGUACGUGUAACUUGCCUGCCUAAUGUGUGACGCCAAGAAAUGUAAAAAAAAUAUAUAAAAAACGAUUUAAAAAAAAUAAUAUAUUAAAAAAGUUACAAAAAAUUGAUCGGAUCGCUGCCACGUUUUUUGUCCACACCACAGUCGUUUUUGCCGAAAGACGUUUAAAGAGGCAGCCUAUACAUAUAUAUGUAUAUUAUGGACACAUUGCUUUGAUGCUGUGAUGGUGGCGAACGUGUCUCCCCUGCGACCGUAGUGCUUCGAGUCGUCCUGUCUUUGUGUCGUGUCUCCCUCUUGGCUGCAUCCAUGGAUUUACAUGCUGCAUAUCGAACUUGGGAACGCACGUGUGUGUGUGUGUGCCCGCAUCGUGUGUUAUUUCAUUGCCACAGAGGAUGUUUUAAAUAAAGGUCUUUUAUCACGA